GUUCCGAUCUCUCCGACACGCGCAGCUUAUGAGCUUAUGCCAGUGAGGCUGAGUGAGCACAGCUGAUUUCUUCAAAGCAACAUCAACAAAUUCAAGGUUUCAAUAGUUCUGAACGGUUCCAUCAGCGCCAGACUCACGGUUUACUGCGCCGACCAAGAAAUGUCAGUUAACCAGUUCAAGGGUCCCUAUGAUCCUUCUAUUAUGGCAGAUUCCUAUGCCCAGUGGGAACAAUCACUCGAAAUCGAAAUUCAGCGGACUUUUGACACAAUCAACCGCGAAGUCUUAGAUGGCUAUAUGGCUAGAGAUCUUGCCAGGCUUAGAGACCCCCAGGUAGACCCUGAUUUCCUUUGUACAUGGACGGGCAUCCUAUGGGACAGGACCACAUUAUCAAGGACUACAAUUGAGGGACAUCGAGCACCUCCCGGUUUCAACUACCUGAUCAACACCUGCUUGAAGUACGACCUGGUGGAAGUCAUGAUAUUGAUCACGUCGAGAUAUGGCACGUUCAAGCUCGGCAUGAAGAACGGACAUGCACUGGCCAGUUAUUGUGGACUCGCGGUGCUGGUCGACCUCUUGCACGUAGGGACAGAUGCAGAAAGAAAAUCAGUUGCUGAGGAAAUGAUGAAUCACAACAUUGUGGAUCUCUGCUUCAAGAACAUAGAUAGCUGGCUCUGCGCACACCGCAAACUUGCUGCUAGCACCAUUCGCUCUCUGGCUGGUCUAAUUGGGAACAGAAUUUCUGCGGAUAUGGUAGCGGAUAUUAUUGCGAAGCUCUGUGUCUUUGUGCUCCAAGGACCUCGGAUUUUUGUCGAACAGUUCUAUGCUCCGGAGACAAAAUGGCAGGGUGGAAUAAUCGCUUUAAGAGGACAAAAUGCUUCCGAAGCAGAGGUCGCUAAGUGUGCUCUGCGAUACUCCGGGAUGGCUCAUGACGAUGCUCUGUGGGCUGCCCAAGGUCUUGUUUGUACCUAUCCCGUGCUCCCUGCGAAGUUUCGCCUUGAAAUUCUCAAGAAAAGACCAGGAAUUAUCGAUUUGUUGUUAGAUUGUGCGAUUACCCCUCGACCGGCAUGGUACCCUGAGCGGCAGAGUGACGCGGUUGCAUGCGAAAUCCUUGCACUUCUAUUCCAAUGGCCCCCUUACGUAGUACCCGGUGUGCCUUCGCCGUUGGAUGGCUCGUCGAGAACCCAGGAGUGGAAAGCUUUGUCUCAAGCCUUAAAGAUGUUGACUGCAAGACAAGAAUGGAGCGAGAAACUAAUCGAAGUGUGGAUGGGCGUCGAAGAAGAGGAUUGGCGCCAUGUUGAGUCGUUGUUCAACAACGUUAAAAAUUAUGGAGCAAAAACUCUGCUUGGGAAAAGGACGUUUCAACUUGCAUUCGAACUACGAGGCAUUAAACGGAUAGCAAUAUUGCGGUUGAUUGCUACCCUGACCCAUGCAGCAGACUCGUGUGGCAUUACCAACGCAGAGUUGGAGUCUCUUCUUCGUGUGGCUUACGUUGCAUCACAUAAAGUACAACAAGCAAAUUCAGAAAACGAAGAAGACCAUCUAAUGUAUGCGGAGCGAACACAGGAUAUGUUCGCACUGCAGGUUGGCGACUCACGUGCAACUCCCCAGGUAGAUUCCCCCUUGCAGAUUGCAGAGGAACUUGUCAUGGGCCCUACAGCACUCGCGCGAUUGUUGGCCGUGCUCGCUCAACGUGGCAUUCUCGAUUCAAUCCAAACUCUGAAGAAGGCACCGAGUGGUCUGUCAACUGCAACUUCCUUGGAUCAAGUACAAAUGAUUACACAUCCCGAAAUUAUACGGAAAUUCCUGUCAAUCGCUUUUCGGCGUGUGGAGUCUCGUACAGAGUCUGGGCGGAAGGUUACUCAAUCAAACCCGUCUUACUCUCGGAUGCACUUCAUGUCUUCUGCAGAGCUUGCAGCCUCCUUGGUCUCGUUUGACAGAUAUACGCAUGGAAAAUAUGCUGAGGAAGUUAAGGGCGUUCGAAAGCAGCUUGUCGUGGCACUUGGGAAUGCAUCAGAGAUGGCCAUACGGACUGGACAAACUCAGAUCGCCUUGAGCCUUGCACUUGGUGCGAUAACAAGCGCGGAAAACAUUCCCGAGACAGAAGGUCUGGAUGAAGCCAUAACUGCCAAGAACGUACGACGAGCCGAUCAAGCGAGAGCCACACUUCGCCAAGGGUAGUUCGCAGCGUAUCAAGGCUCUUCAAUUCCGCUCCACUAUACACGCCGAGCGAAGCGUGAUAUUUGUCCUGUGCUUUGUUCUCCGAUGAAGCAGAGGAAUCCAAUGGUCCCGAAGGGAUCCAGAGUGCAGACGUGUGUCAGUCCAGAUCGGCGCUGGAAGGGUUUGUGGAGUCAUUAGUAUGUACUAUGUCACGGUAGACCUGUACGUUGUGACAGUCACGAUUUACAUCGUACUGUGACAAAUCUGUCACG